AUGUCUUCCGCAACUGCCAACGUUUUGGCCACUAUAGGCACCAUUCUAUGGUGUGUGCAAAUGAUACCCCAAAUUAUUCACAAUUAUAAACGCAAAGACACUGAGGGACUCAAUCAGUGGAUGGUUUUGCUUUGGUGUCUGUGCGCCCCAUUUUUCGCCAUCUACUUUGUUUCGGAAAACAGCACAAUCCCCAUCCAACUGCAACCUCAUUUGUUUGGCUUCUUUUGCCUCAUCGUUUACUUACAAGUGCUCUACUACCCUCCAGUGAGCAGGCCAAAGAAAGACAUUAUUUUGCGCGGCGGUCUAUUUGUGUUUUUCUGGGUUGUGCUCGAGGUGGGUUUCAUCAUCCCCCUACGCAUGGAAUACUCCAAAGGAGUGAAAUGGCCGCUGCUAAUUUUUGGAAUCAUCGGCUCCGUGCUUUUAGCUGUCGGAUUGUUGCCACCAUAUUACGAGCUUUCAAAGCGUCAGGGACGAGUUGUUGGAAUAAACUUCAUUUUCCUGGCUACCGACCUCAGCGGAGCAGUGUUUUCCCUCGCCUCGUUGGCAAUCGGAGACAUUGAUGUUAUGGGCUGUAUAUUAUAUUCGAUUUGCGCGUGUUUGGAAGUUGGGAUUUUCAUGAGUCACGCGAUAUGGUGGCUCAGAUUCGGUCGCAGAAGAAAGCCGGUGGACGGUGACCUUACGCAGGUGUGUACCGAGGAAGAAAAGGAUUUCGACGCGAUGGAAAUUCCGGAAUCCUUGGUUUAG